AUGUACGUGAGCAAAUCGAUCAGCAAAAUGUUCGCCAAGAUGGACAAAACGAUCCGAGAAGUCCAUGAGCUCGCAGCGGCCGCCAGAGAAGUGAUGGCCGAGAUGGAGGUGGAGAAGGCGCUGGCCAAAUUGGAUGAAGGUUCCGGAAGUCCGGAAAAGUACGAUGAGACGUGGAAUAUGGAUGACUCCACGGUCGUCUCGGAGCUGGACGACUCCAUCGCGGCCGUUUUCGAUUCGGCCUACUUGCCAGUAGCGUGCUCGACGCCGAUUCCGGAGGAGAUUGUGGAGCAGAAAGAGGACAAUGUGGAAGCUGAGGAAAAGAAGGACGAGGAUGCUUCGGAGGACGGCGAAGAGCUCUUCAAAUUGGUCUUCGACGACUCGAUCGAGCAGACCAACAAUGAGUGCGAAUCGGAUAAUGAAUACGAGCAAGACUUCUAA